AAGGUCAGCCGGCGGGCCGGCCAUGCAGCUGUACGGCCCGCUGUGCCCGCCCUACCCCGCGGGAGGUCCCGGAUCCACCACCACCGCCAAGGCCUCAUCGCCGCCGCCGAGCCCCUCCGGGCGCGGUGACCGCCCGCCCCCUCAGCCCAACGCCGCCGCCGAGGCCGCCAUGCCCGCCUUCGCCUCCUGCUUCGAAGCCGGGCCCGGGGGCUCCUGCCGCCCCACUCCUCCGCCGCCUCCUCCUCCUCCUCCUCCGCCUCACUACAAGUCUACAGCGCACAUGACCGUGCAGGGCCUGCCCAUCCGCCGCGGGCCCCCGGCCUGGCUGCUGGAGGAGCUGCUGCUCCGGCCGGACCGGCCCGAGCCCCGGAGCCCCCCUCCGCCGCCGCCCCCUCCGCCCGUCCGGCCCGACGGGCGUGACGAGAAGCUGUCCCGGCAGCACCUGGCCGAGGUGGACAGGCAGGACCGGUACCUGCGGCAGCGGGGCAGGUUCCGCUUCCACAUCAUCCCCGACGGCAACUGCCUGUACCGCGCCGUCAGCCGGGCGGUGCACGGGGACCAGAGCCGCCACCGGGACCUCCGGGAGCGGACCGUCCACUACGUGGCCGACCACCUGGACCAGUUCGGGCCCCUCAUCGAGGGCGACGUGGGCGAGUUCCUCGUCGCCGCCGCCCAGGACGGGGCCUGGGCCGGCUACCCGGAGCUGCUGGCCAUGGGGCGCAUGCUGGGCGUCACCGUCCGCCUGACCACGGGCGGCCGGCCGGAGAGCCCCACGGUGGCCACCAUGAGCCACUUCCUGGGCCCGGAGGACGCCCGCAGGCCCGCCAUCUGGCUCAGCUGGCUCAGCAACGGCCACUACGAUGCCGUCUUCGACCGCUGCCACCCCAACCCCGAGUACGACAGCUGGUGCCGGCGGGCCCAGCUGCAGAGGAGACGGGACGAGGAGCUGGCCAAGGCCAUGGCCGUCUCCCUCUCCAAAAUGUACAUUGAGCAGAACACCUGCUCGUGAGGGCCUCGCCUCGCCACCCCGGGGCCACCGACAGUGGAGGUGGGCUUUGUUUUUUGGUAGUCGUCGUCGUUGGACACUGACACUGACCUCUCGUCGGGGUGGUGGCACUUUGAAGCUUCCAGGUAGACUGACUGUAAAACACCUGCUCUUGAGGGCCUCGCCUCGCCACCCGGGGCCACCAAGAGUGGAGGUGGGCUUUAUUUUUUGGUAGUCGUCGUCGUUGGACACUGACACUAACCUCUCGUCGGGGUGGUGGCACUUUGAAGCUUCCCGGUAGAUUGACUGUAAAACACCUGCUCUCGAGGGCCUCGCUUUGCCACCCAGGGCCACCAAGAGUGGAGGUGGGCUUUGUUUUUUGGUAGUCGUCGUCGUUGGACAUUGACACUAACCUCUCGUCGGGGUGGUGGCACUUUGAAGCUUCCCGGUAGAUUGACUGUAAAACAUCUGCUCUUGAGGGCCUGGCCUCGCCACCCAGGGCCACCAAGAGUGGAGAUUGGGUUUAUUUUUUGGUCGUCGUCGUCGUUGGACAUUGACACUGACCUCUCGUCGGGGUGGUGGCACUUUGAAGCUUCCCGGUAGAUUGUAAAACACCUGCUCGUGAGGGCCUCGCCUCGCCACCCAGGGCCACCAAGAGUGGAGGUGGGCUUUAUUUUUUGGUAGUCGUCGUUGUUGGACAUUGACACUAACCUCUCAUCGGGGUGGUGGCACUUUGAAGCUUCCCGGUAGAUUGACUGUAAAACACCUGCUCGUGAGGGCCUCGCAUCACCACCCAGGGCCAAGAGUGGAGAUCGGUUUAUUUUUGGUACUCAUCGUUGUUGGACAUUGACACUAACCUCUCAUCAGGGUAGUGGCACUUCGAAGCUUCCUGGUAGAUUGACUGUAAAACACCUCCUCGUGAGGGCCUCGCCUCACCACCCAGGGCCAAGAGUGGAGAUCGGGUUUAUUUUUGGUAGUCGUCGUUGUUGGACAUUGACACUAACCUCUCAUCGGGGUGGUGGCACUUUGAAGCUUCCCAGUAGAUUGACUGUAAAACACCUGCUCGUGAGGGCCUCGCGUCACCACCCAGGGCCAAGAGUGGAGAUCGGGUUUAUUUUUGGUAGUCGUCGUUGUUGUUGGACAUUGACACUAACCUCUCAUCGAGGUGAUGGCACUUCGAAGCUUCCCGGUAGAUUGACUGUAGCGGUGUGGCCUUAAUCGUUUCGUUCAAAUGCUUCUCGCACCCGGAGGUUGCCCUACACCCAAAGGAGUUGCCUGGGGGUCCCAAGCGCCGGCUGGCCCCGCUGCGGUGGAGAAGGUUGUCGUAAUAAUAAUAACGAUGGUAUUCAGCGCUUACUCUGUGCCGAGCACCGUUAUAAGCGCUGGGGUAGAU